AUGAAAGACAUUUGUAACUAUCCCAUAGGACAAGAAGUUAUAUUAGAUAAACUAAUAUAUGAAAAAAGAUUUUUAAAAAAUAAAAACAAGCAAAAUAAAAUAAAAAAUGUAGAUCAAUUGAAUUAUUAUUUGAAUAAUAAAUUUAACUAUUUCUUGGGUCAUACCAAUUUUAUGAAAAAGAUAUUUAAAAAGAAAAAGAAGUUGUUAAAAGAUGAUGAGAGAGAUAAACAUAAGUGUAGAAGUAGAAGUACAGAGGAGAUAAUAAUCAAUAAGAAAAUAUGUGGUAAAAGAAAAAAUGUAUUAUCUGAAUAUGACAAGAAAAAGAGACUUCAUAAAGAAAAAAAUGUUGAAAAUGAUGAUACUAAAAAAAAAUAUAGUAAAAUAAAGAUAGAAGGAAAUACUUGUGAUAUAAAAAAUGAACAGGAUGUUAUGAUUAAAAAACAGUCUUUUAAUGGUUCAAUUAAUAAUUGUAAUGUGGAUAUAUAUAAAAAAGAAAUAAAUAAUGUUGUCCAGGUUAAAAGAGAGAAAUCGAGCGAAGAGCAAUUACAAAUAAAAUAUAAGAAUGAUAUAAAAGGUGAUAAUACAAGUGAUCAUAUAUGUAAAGAUGAACGUGAACAAGAACGUGAACAAGAACGUGAACAAGGACGUGAACGUGAACAUGAACGUGAACAUGAACGUGAACACGAACGUGAACAUGAACAUGAACAUGAACGUGAACACGAACGUGAACAUAAUCAUCAACAUAAUCAUCAACAUUAUCUUGAACAUAAUCAUCAACAUAAUGUUGAACAUAAUCAUCAACAUAAUGUUGAACAUAGUAAUAAUCACAAACGUAGUAAUAAUAAUUAUCCUGGUAAUUAUUAUUAUUGUGACGAGACAUCAUCUGUAUUAUCUGAAGAAGAUGAAAAACUUCAUUCGUUCAGUCCCUUAUCCAACAAUUCAGAUUUAAGCAACGUAUCUAAUAUGUCUCCUGAUAUGCUGUGUUUUGAAAAACAAUUUAAAUAUAUAUAUGAUAUUUAUAAACAAAAUGACAAAAAUGUUUUUCUCUUUUAUAAUCCUCCUGUAUGUAAAUGCGUAAACAAAAAUUUAAAGGAACAAUAUUUUCAAAAACUGAAUGAUAAAUAUCCAUGUCUUUUUAACUGUUCUUAUUAUUUAGAUUCUAUGAAAACAAUAAAAUAUGAUUGUACGAAAAAAAGGGACAAUAUUAAUGAUAAGAAUAUUAUUAAUAAUCGGAAGGAUGAAAAAAAUAGUAAUCAAGUAUUAAGUAAUAUAGAAGAUAAACAUGCACCUGCAGGUCAUCACAACAUAAACAAUAACUAUGAACAAAAUAUACAAGUACAAAAGAAGAUAGAUAUUCAUUGUGAACAAGAAAAUAUAAACGUGUCUAUGAAUUAUGGAGAAGUUGCUUCAUACGCAGUAGAAAUAAAAAUGUACGCUAAGGCUUUUUUUGAAUUAUACUUUAUGGAAAAAUAUAAAAGAAAUGAAGGUGUUAUAAAAGUUAAGUAUGAUGAUAAUAAGAAAAAUAUUUAUGAUGAUGAUAAUAAGAAAAAUAUUUAUGAUGAUGAUAAUAAGAAAAAUAUUUAUGAUGAUGAUAAUAAGAAAAAUAUUUAUAAUGAUGAUGUUAAAGAAAGCUAUGUGAAAAAUAUUAAUGACAAUAUUGAUAUAUGUAAAAAUAAUAAGAAGAAUAAAAAAGAGAAGAAACUAUGUUUAUCCUUCUUGUCAUCAUCAUCAGAAGAAGAAGCUUUAAAAAGCUAUUUUGAUAAAUGUUUAUACAAAAUAAUAAAAAGACGAACGAGAACUUGUGAUAAUAAUUUAUGUUGUGGUUUAUUAUAUAUUCCAUAUAGUUAUAUUGUUGUAUUAUUAAAUAGAAAGAUAGAGAACUUAACAUAUGCAUGUACUUAUUUGAGAAUUCCUUCAGAUACAGAUAUAUAUUAUAAUAAUAAAAAGAAUGUAAUAACAUUAUGUACAAAAAAUUCACAACAUGAGUUUUUUUGUUAUUAUUGUUUAAAACAAAAUAAUUAUGUUAAAAAUAUUAUAAUAUAUGAUGUGUAUUAUGAAGGAUUCAUUCCUUUUUUUAGACCAAUACUUAAUUUAAAGAAUAAAAAAAAUCAAGACAAAAUACAAAACUUUAUUACUUAUAAUAAAAAUAUAAAUUUAUCUAUUGUUUUUUUUUUAACAAAUCCAAGAGAGAAAAUGGAAAGAUCCAAAAAGGAUUGCAACAUGCGGGAUGGUUAUACUUCGAAUAAUGAAAAAGGAAAUAUAGCAUGUAACAAAAAACAUGAAAAUAAUGAAGAGGACCAUAUGAAAGAUAAUACCUAUGGUGUUUUCCUUAAUAGUAACAAUGUUGAAGAUAUAAAAAAAAUGAGGCUUAAGAUUUGUAAAAUAUUUAAUAUUAAUCAUCGUAAUAACUUAAAUAACAAUAUGAGUACUUCAAAGAGACAUAUGUCACAUGACAUUAACCCAGAGGAUAAUAUUGAGAAAUAUUUUUCAAAUCUUUGUAGUGGUAUAGAGGUAAUAAAUAAUAUGAAUAUAAAAAUGGUUGUAGAUAAAAUUAUGAAGAUAAUAAAUAAAAAUGAUAGUGUUUGUAAUAAGAAGUGUAUAUAUCAUGAGUAUAAUAAAAAUCGUAUGAAAUAUAAGGAUAUACAAAUAUAUUUAUGUGAAGAAAUUAAUUCUUUUAGUUUUGAUCGUCGUCCUUUAGUAGUUAAAAAAAGGGAAGUUCAUUUAUCAUCUUAUGUACAUUUUCAUAAAAUUAUUAACAAUAUAUAUGAACAAAAGAAUUGUCGUCAGCUGUUAGGAUUAAUAAAUGAACAACUGGAUAAUAAUAUUUUUAAUAAAGCAUAUAUGAAAGAUAAAAUAUUACAAGUAGCUCUCCAUAAUAAUAUGUUUGAUUAUGGUAGUUCUUUGAAUAAAGAUAAUAAGGAUGUUUAUUCUGAUCAUUGUAAUAAUAAUAAUAAUAAAAUAUAUUGUUCGUUAAACGAAAACAAAUUUGAAGAGAAUAAUCAAAAUGUAUUAAAUUCUUUAGAUAGGAAAAAGGAUAAUCAUGUUAAUCAUGGUAUGGUAGACGAUACAAAUUUGAGCAAUAUUAAUACUUGUCAUAAAAAUAAUGAUAGUAAUGAUAAUAAUAAGGACAAUAAUAAUAAUAAUAAGGACAAUAAUAAUAACAAUAAUGACAAUAAUAAUAAUAAUAAUAAUGACAAUAAUAAUAACAAUAAUGACAAUAAUAAUAACAAUAAUGACAAUAAUAAUAAUAGUUGUGAUAAUAAUUCGGGGACUCAUACAGAAGAAAAAGAAAAUAUAAAAAAAUGUAGAGAUAAUAUAUUCAAUGACACCUUUUUUAUUUUUAACGAAAAUUCAGAUUUAUACACAAACGAAGAAUAUAAAAAGAAUAGAAUAGAUAGUAUAAAUAAUAAAAACAAUAUAAAUGAAUAUAUAAAAAAUAAAAUGAUGAAAUAUACAAGUAACAAUUAUUUAAGUAAUAAAAUAUCUACAAAUAUUUUGCAGAACUUAUUUAAUAUAUAUGUAUGUUCAUAUUUAAUGAAAAAAAAUAAUUAUAAUAUAUCUCAUAUAGAAAAAAAAAAAAAAAAAAAAAAAUUUAAAAAUUU